UAUAGAGUCAGAGAUCCUUCUCAUUUCAUCUGCAGAAUCAAAAUGGUUACUUUCAGGUUUCACCAGUACCAGGUGGUGGGAAGAGCUUUGCCUACAGAAAGUGAUGCGCAGCCCAAGAUCUACAGAAUGAAGCUCUGGGCCACCAAUGAAGUUCGUGCCAAAUCCAAGUUUUGGUAUUUCUUGAGGAAGUUGAAGAAAGUUAAGAAGAGCAACGGGCAGAUGUUAGCAAUCAAUGAGAUCUUUGAGAAGAAUCCUACCAAAGUUAAGAACUAUGGUAUCUGGUUGCGAUAUCAAAGCCGAACUGGGUAUCACAAUAUGUACAAGGAAUACCGAGACACAACUCUUAACGGUGCUGUAGAACAAAUGUACACUGAGAUGGCUUCUCGUCACCGAGUGAGGCAUCCAUGCAUUCAGAUUAUUAAGACAGCCACCAUACCCGCAAAGCUUUGCAAGAGGGAAAGCACCAAGCAGUUCCACAACUCCAAAAUCAAGUUCCCUCUGGUUUUCAAGAAAGUCAGGCCACCUACGAGGAAGCUCAAGACUACAUACAAGGCAACAAGGCCUAACUUGUUUAUGUAACUGCCCUGUGUUUCUUACUUCCUCCUAUUGCCUGUUUGGGGCUAUAUGCUAUGGAUUAAUGUUCGUCUUUGCAUUUUUGCCCUGCUCAUAUUGGUUCUAUUAGAUGUGACUUCAGAAGAUGAUUAUGAACCUUCUUUGGGAAAAAUUAAGUUGUUCUUAUGAAGGUAUUUAGCUUUGACA